UGACUGUCUGGUAGGAUCCUAGACUCGUCCUCGCUCGUCCUACUAAGGCCAAGGCGGCGGCGGGGCUGUGGCGGGGUAUGAGGCCCAUAAUAUUUCUCCAGACAAGGGGCCUCCUUACCUAACAAAUUGCCAUACGGAGAUGUCCCAGCAAUACCAUUCAUUCAUUGGUAAUUAUCAUACAACCUGGUUGCCUCCGACAACAUCAAUCGACACCCAUCUAUUUCCUAAUUUUUGCGUAUCCUAUCAGUAGCAGCAACAGGAACCAACGAUAACCUCGGUUGACCUCGGUGUGCUCAUCCAAACAAACCUCAACCCUGCUACCAGCCUGUUUUACCAAUCGAACCACGGGCGCUUCCGAGACAGUCACCAACUCAUAUCCACCCAUCAUGGUGACCCUCGACCGUCAAGAGAUCAUUGCGAACAACAAAUCACUGCGUCUCAUCAAGAAUGAGCUCGAGCACUUGCUUGAAAAAGGCAUCAUAACCGACGAUGUCUUCGAUUCCAUCUCGCGCCUCCUACCCACGGAAUCAUCUCUAUCCGGCGCCCCGACCCCAGCAUCGCGGAAUGCCUCGGCCGUGUCGCCGCCUCCCGCGCCAGUAAACGCCAUGGCCAACCUGGCGCUGAGCCAGAACCCAUCACCGGGCCCGGCACCACCGGCCUACAACACCACAGGCCCGCCGGCCUUGCCCUCGCGCGCGAACCCGCCGCCGCCGCCUCCACCAACAAAGCCCGUUAUCGCCCGCGCGAGGGCGCUGUACCAGUACCGAGCCGCCGACGACCGCGACCUGUCGUUCGAGCGCGACGAUCAGAUCGCCGUGCACGAGUACAUGAACGACGACUGGUGGAUGGGACGCAACAACCGGACCGGCGCCGAGGGCAUCUUCCCCAAGAGCUACGUGCAGAUCGACCACGACGAGAAAGCGGGCUACUACGCCCCAGCACAGCCAAUGUACGCCUCGCCGGCGCCGGCGGGCCCGAAUGGCGGCUACCCGCCUCCACCCCAUGCCCAGAACCCUUACAACUCGCACGUCCCGCCCAUGGCUGUCGCGCAGGGAAGCGGUGGCCAGGAAGGCCAGCAGGGCGAGGAAAGCAAGGUUGGAGCGGCUGGCAAGAAAUUCGGCAAGAAACUCGGCAACGCUGCCAUCUUUGGUGCUGGUGCAACGCUCGGCGGCAACCUCGUCAACAGCAUCUUUUAGAUCACUGUCGGUUUCUAAUAUUAAUCAUAUCCUAAGGGACGGGAAGGGUAGCAUUAUGAUUUGGCUGCGUUUCUUGCCCAAAGUAGCUUGGCUCUUUUGUCAAUCUGUAGUAGUAUGGGAUGCGACAAGCUUUGAGCAUGAGCAAGAUCGCUACUCCAGUGGAUUGAAUCCGAUGCUUGUGUGAUAGACACUGCGUAGGCACUAGUAGUGUCUUUGGGUUUCCUGUUCAUAGGCUUAGAUAUAUUGGGCGUUCUUGCUUUUCUUUCAAUUUGAAAAAUCUUCAUUGGCUUAUCAUGAAUGACUUAGGAUGUCUCGUUUUUAUCGUGACAAGAGAAGAACUCGGCUUUCUAAAUGCAUGAUUCUCUGUACUGCGUGUGGUCUUCAAAAGAGGGCGAUAUACCACUCGUAGUCGGUCACGAUUAGACGCAACACAUGGCUGUGUAGAAUAGCUAAAUUAUAGCCCCUAUCCAAGCCGAGGAGGAAUCAUAUCACCUAAGACUUCUCUAAGACUUAUCCAUGUGAGAAGGAAAAGAGGUGCGGAUGAUCAUAUGAGAAAGAUAGUUUACAACGAGAGCUCAUGUAUCGUAAAAAUAUGUGUUUUGCUAUAAUAUGGC